AUGGAUUCAGACAAUUCAGAUAAUAACGAUCAAGAAUUUUGGGCGUUGGUUGAAGAAGAAUUUAUGGACGACGGUGAUGAAGAACAACAGCUUCAGAAUUCUGGGAGUUCUUCUAGGCGAAAGAGAAGAACAACUAUAGAUCGAGGUCGCGAAGAAAGGCACAAUCGAUUAUUCAAUGACUACUUCUCAAAAAACCCAGUAUACACAGAUGUUCAAUUCCGAAGAAGGUUCAGAAUGCAUAGGCAUGUAUUUCUUCGAAUUGUAGAUGCCAUUGACAAUUAUGAUGAAUAUUUCCAAAUGAGGAUCGAUGCAAUUGGUAAAAUGGGUCUUUCAUCAUUGCAGAAAUGUACAGUUGCUAUUCGUAUGCUGGCGUAUGGGUCUCCUGUUGAUGUUGUAGACGAAUAUGUUCGAAUCGGUGAAAGCACUUCAACUGAGUGCUUACAAAGUUUUGUUAAGGGCGUGAAUGUUGUAUUUGAGGCUGAAUAUUUGAGAAAACCUAACAACACUGAUGUUGAACAUCUUUUACAACAAUGA